ACUUGAUAACACCAAAGCUGCAGCUUUUCCACAUUCAACUGUCCUUUCUCCUGCUGCAAAAAUGGGCCUUGGUUACAGUGUUAGAGAGGUAGAUCACCUGUAUGCAUUCUUUGUUCAGUGGUCACCAGACUUAUAUGGAAAAGAUGCAAAAGACCAUGGCUUUGUAGUUGUUAACAAGGAUGAACUGGAGGUGAUUGAUGACUUCUUUAGUGCCCCAAUUCCAAAAAGUUGGGAGAUCAUCACCAUUAAAGAGGCUAAAAGGCGUCAGAGUGUUGGCAGUUUUUAUGAGGAAGAGGCAGAAGAUCUCCAGCCUGUGCUGACAGAUGUCAGUGAUCUCUUGGAAAGAUUGCACAUUGAAAAGCUUGCACAAUGCCUUCCUGCAAGAACACAGGGAUAUGCAUGGCAAUUAAUGUACAGUACAGCAGUUCAUGGAACAAGCUUAAGAACAAUGUACCGCUGCUUGGCAGCCGUUGAUAGUCCUGUUCUUCUAGUAGUCAAAGACAUGGAUAAUCAGGUAUUUGGAGCUUUAGCAUCGCACCCUUUCAGAUUAAGUGACCACUGCUUUGGUACAGGAGAAACUUUCCUUUACACAUUCAAUCCAGAGUUCAAGAUAUUCAGGUGGAGUGGAGAAAAUUCGUAUUUCAUUAAAGGAGACCGAGAUUCUUUGGAACUAGGUGGAGGAGAUGGGCACUUUGGGCUCUGGCUCGAUGCAGAUUUAUAUCGUGGACGAAGCAACCCAUGCAACACAUUUAACAACGAAAUACUGUCAAGAAAAGAAGACUUCAUCGUGCAGACCAUUGAAGUGUGGACUUUUGUGUAAACCUGGCUGACCUUUUAUUAGUCGGACCAGAAUUUUCUGUUUGGAGCAUUGGAUGGUUGUGAUAAGCUAGUUGCCUUGUAGUGUUCAGCGUGGCAACCCACUCUGUAAAGGAGCAUGUCUCUGAAUGCAUAAGCUUAUUCCUUUCAAAGCUGUGAGGGAAAUUGCGUUGAACAAGUCUCCAGAAAGAUGACAAUUUGCUGUGUGUUUUGUCAUACGUUAACCAUGACCCACACACCUUCUGUGCAAUAGGAAAUUGGUUGAAUCGGUGGAAUGUUUUUGACCAAUAAAAGCAUUUUGGGUAUGAACAAGCAAAAAGAGUUUUGUCUGACAGAUCUAGUUCUUUUAAAGUCUUACAUACUAUAUGAUAGAUCAGAGUGAAAGCUAUGAGCUGCUAGCAUUGCCAAAGCUAUAGCACAAGACAGUGCUAUUCAUUUCUAAGGAAUAUUAAUGAAAACAUUUAAUGGCAACAUAAUGCAUGUAAAAGGCAUGUCCAAUAUUCUCAAGCUAGUCGUUCAGUUUUUUAAUUGUUUUAUCACGUUUACUUAAAAUCCUGACUAGGAUUUUUAAAAAUAUGUUCUGCGGAAUUGCAGACCUAUUUCUUCUUCUUAGAAAGAAAUUCCUUUGAAAAGGGAAGAACAAAUUGCAGUCUAUGAUCCUGGAAAAAUGGAUUGAAACUCUACGAGGGUUGUUAUAAUGUUGUUGUACUUAAUUUGUUUAUAUUUGGUUUUGGCUGUGGAUUAAAUGUUUUACUUACCCAGAGUUCAGGGUUGCAGUUUGUAUCGGUGCAGGCACUGAAUGACACAUUUCAAGAUUUUGUUUACAUUUAUCAAAACAUUAUGUAAAACAUUUGUUUUUUGUGUACCCAUUUUUUUNAAAGUUCUCAGUUGAAAAUUCCAUCGUCUUGGGUUAGGAAAGGAACCAUUUGUAAUGCACAAAGGGAAGAUCAUAGUACUUUGAAAGAAGUUAGUAUCUUCAGCACUAUGCACAAUUUGAAUUGUAAAGAAUCAAAUCUACAUGAUAUCAAUACAUAAUUUGCACUUCAUCUUCAAUCAAUUAAGGUUGUACAACUAAAUGUAAUGCAAAAAAAAUCACCUGUUCGAUUUCUAGAUUGUCUAUGUAAAGUGGUUGAACAGAUUUUAAAGAAGCUACGUCAAACUUUUGAGAAGGCUAACAAGCUAAAAUGUAUGUUCUGUAGAUUUGAUUUUUUUCUGGAGCAUGUGGUUUAAAUUGUGGUAGAAAAUAAACGUGUUUCCAUAAGGCA